AUGCCGCUUCCCGAAGAUUCCGGGCUCUCAUCCAACUCAACGCGCGACGCAGUCCGCACUCGACUUACCGAGCUUCAGAUUCAAGCAAAUGCUAUUGCCGCAGAAAAACUCAAGCUGUACUCGUUGUGGAACUCCUCCCUCCCUAUCAACCGCCUUCCGCACGAGCUCCUAGUCCUCAUUUUUUCCGCAUUCUCCUGCGAAGCCACUACCAAAGACGCGAAAUGGAUGUUCUUUCACUGGAGGGCAACGAUGAUGCUGGUAUGCCGUGAAUGGUACAACCUGCUGACGUCGACGCCAACCCUUUGGUCGCUGUUGUAUGUCACCCCUACCCACCCACCACAUUUCAUAUCCACGCUCUUCUCCCGCUCCGCACACACACCUCUCGAUGUUCACUUCGUCGACUCUGAAGAUCCUGCGAUGGCCUAUUCCUCUAAGAACUUGAGUCUCGACGCCGUCCGGCCUGUCGCGGAUGCCCAAAACAGGAUACGGACGCUGGUGGUACCCAGGCAUGGCGGUUUGGUUUCUGCGGCGUUCGAACUCCUUUUCCGGGAAACGACCUGGCCCGCCCUCGAAUGUUUGCGCAUCUUUUUCGCGCGAAUCCACACCCCAAGAGACUACGUGAUGGACGUUCUUCGUCUCACUCCCGAACGGUUCCCGAAGCUGAAAGAGCUCUCCUUUACCGGCAUCAUCAUCCCCAUCGAACCGAGCGCAUAUCCCCGGCUCACAAAGCUCGCUCUACUUGGUUCUGGAGACGAAAUGCCCCCAUUCCAGGACUUCGUCGCUCUUCUUUCGACCGCGCGCAGUCUCACCACUCUGACGGUCUACAAGAUCGAUCUCGGCGAGGUCACAUCACCCGAGACUGUCGCCCUCCAGCCUCUCCUCCCCUUCACACUCCCCAAUUUGCGCCACCUCUCCCUCCACAGCAACCGUCUCGAUGAUUUUUCCACGCUCCUGCGUUUUCUUCGCCUGGACCCCUCAACGGACCUCCGCUUUCAUCCGAUGAACUGGGAGCGUAUAUACGACGACGAAGACGAGGAAGAGGAAGAAGAAGACGUUCAGCGCAGCAUCGUCGACGUCUUCUUCCCGCCGGAUGACGACGCCGUGGACGACGCCGAUGCCCUCCCGCUACCCAUAGCGCGCGUCCUGCGCUCCAUCGAGCUCAACGUCCAGGGCGGCUGCCCCAUGCUGUUCGCCUGGCGCGCGCCCAUCCCAGGCCCCGACGAUCCCGCGUUCGCGCUCUCGGCGGACACGUCCAGGGCCCAGCACUCCGACUACGGGCUCCCAGAAGCCCUCUGCGACCUCGUGACCCUCUUCAAGGGCGCGCCGCUCGCUCGCCUCAAGAUCACCGGCGCGCUGACCGAGGUCGAGGCGGGAACGUGGGGCGAGGUCUUCCGGGCGUUCCCGGACCUGAAGCUCCUCGAUCUGCGCGGCUCCGGCGACGCGUCCGCCGUCUUCGCCGCGCUCGCCGCCCCCGCGGCGGGCGAGCCUGAGGAGAACGGGGAGCCUGAGGCUUCCGUUGCGGGGCGCGGGUUCGCGUGCCCGGAUCUGCGGCGGGUCACGCUUGGGCAGGUGGACGAUCUCAAGUGGCCGGAAAGGAGCAAACAGCUGUUCGGGGCGAUGGUGGGUGCGCUGAGUGCGCGCGCGCAGGCGCAGGUGCCGCUCGAGUCGCUCGUUCUGCACCUUUCGGAGCCUUUCCCUCACGUGAGGGGAGGCUGGAGCGCGAAGUUGUUCCUCCAGAAGCUGCGGCGGGUGGUGGAAAAGGCUCCGACUGCCGUCUUUCCUCCCCCUCUAACUGACGCUGCACUCCUCACGCUCCUUCACGUCUUCGUAAUGUACGCCCUCGCUUUCAUGACCAUCGCGCUCGUGGCCAACGCUGCGGCCCUCUCCGUCCCCUCGCGCGGCCUCUUCGCUCGCCAGCUAUCGAUAGGCACCGUGCCCACGCAGUGCUCGUCGCAGUGCACCGCGAUCUCGACCACGAUCUCGUCCUGCUCGACCAUCGCCUGCCUCUGCACGGAGGCCGUCAACCGGGGCGUCGCGAGCUGCCUCCAGUGCUCGCUCUCGUCCGCCGCCGACGCCUCCCUGAUCGCACAGGGCCAACAGUCACUCGCCGCGUACGAGGACUCGUGCGCGGAAGCCGGCGCCGCCGUCGCCUCGAUCACGCUCAGCCUCUCCGCGGCGACUUCGGCGGCGGCGUCCACAGGCACGAGCGCGACGUCCGCCACAGGCACGACCGCCGCGCCGACCGCUGCGACCGCCGCGGUGUCCGCCACCGCGCCCAAGGCGCCGACCGCCGCGGCGUCCACAGCGACAGCAGCGAAGACGGAGGGCUCGAGCGGGCCUGUGAACCCGUUCAGCACCAACGGGAGCGGGCGCGGAGCGAGGGGGAGUUCCGCGGCGGUCGUGGCGGCCGCGGCGGCCGCGUUAAUUGCGCUUGUACUCUGA